CAUGCCUCCCAGCCUCGGGAAGUGGAAGGGCCGCGCGGGAGACUGGGGCUUCGCCUGAUGGGGAGGGACGCGCGGCAGUGCCAUCGGGAACUGGCACUCGGGUGAAGUAGGAGCCGCCGGCUGUCCGCCUGCACCGAGCCGUUCGGCGCCGCGGCCGCUCAGCCUCUGCCAUGGCCGGAUCCGGCGUGUGGAAGCGCCUCAAAUCUCUGCUGAGGAAGGAUGAUGCGCCGCUGUUUUUAAAUGACACCAGCGCCUUUGACUUCUCGGACGAGGUGGGGGAUGAGGGGCUUUCUCGGUUUAACAAACUUCGAGUUGUGGUGGCCGACGAUGGUUCUGAAACCCCGGAAAGGCCUGUUAACGGGGCGCACCCGGCCCUCCAGGCCGACGAUGAUUCCUUGCUGGACCAGGACUUACCUUUGACCAACAGUCAGCUGAGUUUGAAGGUGGACGCCUGUGACAGCUGCAGCAAACAGAGAGAGUUGCUGAAGCAGAGAAAGGUGAAAACCAGAUUGACCAUUGCUGCCGUUCUUUACUUGCUUUUCAUGAUUGGAGAACUUGUAGGUGGAUACAUUGCAAAUAGCCUAGCAAUCAUGACAGAUGCACUUCAUAUGUUAACUGACCUAAGUGCCAUCAUACUGACCCUGCUUGCUUUGUGGCUAUCUUCAAAAUCACCAACCAAAAGAUUCACCUUUGGAUUUCAUCGCUUAGAGGUAUUGUCAGCUAUGAUUAGUGUGCUGUUGGUGUAUAUACUUAUGGGAUUCCUCCUAUAUGAAGCUGUCCAAAGAACUAUCCAUAUGAAAUAUGAAAUAAAUGGAGAUAUAAUGCUCAUUACCGCAGCUGUUGGAGUUGCAGUUAAUAUGAUAAUGGGAUUGCUAUUGAACCAAUCUGGUCACCAUCAUGCCCAUUCCCACUCCCUGCCUUCAAAUUCUCCUACCACAGGUUCUAGAUGUGGACACAACCAUGGGCAGGAUAGCUUGGCAGUGAGAGCUGCAUUUAUACAUGCCUUGGGGGAUCUGGUACAGAGUGUUGGUGUGCUAAUAGCUGCAUACAUCAUACGAUUCAAGCCAGAAUACAAGAUUGCUGAUCCCAUCUGUACAUAUGUGUUUUCAUUACUUGUGGCUUUUACAACCCUUCGAAUCAUAUGGGACACAGUAGUUAUAAUACUAGAAGGUGUACCAAGCCAUUUGAAUGUAGACUAUAUCAAAGAAGCUUUGAUGAAAAUAGAAGAUGUAUAUUCAGUGGAAGAUUUAAAUAUCUGGUCUCUCACUUCAGGAAAACCUACUGCCAUAGUACACAUACAGCUAAUUCCUGGAAGUUCAUCUAAAUGGGAGGAAGUACAGUCCAAAGCAAAGCAUUUAUUAUUGAACACGUUUGGCAUGUAUAAAUGUACUAUUCAGCUUCAGAGUUACAGGCAAGAAGUGGACAGAACUUGUGCAAACUGUCAGAGUUCCAGUCCAUAAUUGUAUACAUUUUGGGGACUACCGCCUUAUUUAUCCUGCAGUCACAGAUGUAAGAGCAAUAAAUGCACACCUAAAUGAGAAAUGGAAUCCCUGACAGCUGUGUCAGUAUCAAGCACCGGUCUCUCAAAACAGUCACUCCAGCCUGACAGUGCUAGUUUCUGUUUAAUGGCAAAAUGAGACUUCACCAUGAUUUUCACAUGAAGAUGUUUCUAAAACACUGUUUACAGAAUGAGACAUGACUCUACAGAUACCUCAUAGAAGACAAUCCAAGGCCAUACUUCAUUAAUUAUGACAGUACACGUCUUAAAGGAAGCAUCAAGAAUUCAGUAUUUGCAUUUAAAAACCCUUUUUAAAGACCAUUUUAUACCAAGCCA